GAGUGAAGACAGACGUGGCGCUUCCUCAGUUAGCCGGUGUUUUGGUUAUUGAUGAACAUUUUAUUUUUUAAGCAAAUCAUGGUCUCGAUCAAUUUUUGUUGGGAGUCAUGAAGGAGGCCUGGUGUGAUUAUUCACCUAGACUCGUAUAUAACUGUUGUUAUUGCGGCAAUCCUUCUGUAAUAUCCCCGAUUAAGACAGAAAAUACAGAAUGGUCGGUCGGAUCUCAAUACGAUGGACGAGUCUUCCUUCUUUUCUUAGACCAGGAAUAAUUUCUUCCUCCACAGACAGCACAUGUUCUUCAACAAGAAGACUAUUUUCACAUAUGAAAGACUCUCUACGAAAUUAUAUUUUUUUAGUAUUUAUUUUUAUCACAAUAAUUUUACUUGCAGCUCUGUUUCUUGUGGGUAACGUGAACUGGUAUGGUAACAGAACUAGACGCUUUGCAUCAACAGAUUUUUAUAAACAUGGAGCUGAUUCUCAUUAUCAUUAUGGUAUUGUUAUUGACUGUGGAAGUAGUGGAUCUCGUGUGUUUAUUUAUUACUGGCCACCGCAUAAUGGCAAUCCAGAGGAGUUGUUACAAAUUAAACAAAUGAAAGAUAACAGAGGAAAUCCUGUCAGGAUGAAAAUCAAACCAGGGAUCUCUAGUCAAGUGAAUUGGCCGUCAGAAGCAUCAUCCUAUAUUGAUCCUCUUCUUUCCUUUGCUGCACAACAAAUUCCUGAACACAAGCACAAAGAAACACCUCUUUAUAUCCUGGCUACUGCUGGCAUGCGAAUGCUUUCUGUUACUGAUCAAGAAGCUAUUUUAGAUGAUUUGAGAGUGGAUGUUCCUUUGAAGUACAACUUCCAUUUCACGUCAUCUCAUGUUGAGGUCAUCACAGGGAAGCAAGAAGGAAUUUAUUCAUGGAUUGGAGUCAACUUUGAGCUGGGAAGAUUUGAUCAUUCACAUGAUAGUCAAGAGUCACCACCAAACAACAGCGCAUCAGAAGUUAACCGUAAAAGCACAGUGGGAUCUCUUGACAUGGGUGGAGGCUCUGCACAAAUUGCAUUUGAAGUUGGGAAGUCUGUAUGGGUUCCAUCGGAUUUAAGAGCGCAAGUAAAUCUGGAGUUACGCCAGUGACCUUCAGUUUCGUUUCAUUCUCCUCGUGUGUAGCAUAACAGUCUUAGCCGCUAUCUUGCUCUACUGCCGGCGUCUACGGCGCAUGAGCAAGAAUUCUAGUAUCUGGCAUUUCGACUCAUCGCCUGUACUUUACAAAGUUGAUGUGAUACCCAGCAUAGAGAAGAUUCCAAUGAUAUAACAGAAAGUGGACUGGAGUAGAAAGCCAUACUAACAUUUAGAAAAAAUUAUGGAAAUUUUAGUUCAUUGUACAAAGGAAUUAAAUAUAGUUAUUUAACUUAAAAAAAAAAAUUAAAAAAGA